CGGCAGCUGUGAUCAGUCGCGUGUGGCAAGUGUGUCACCUCCGGCCGGUAGUUCUCGGAAAUCAAUAACACGUUGUGCGGUGCUGGACUGCGAACGAGCUUCCUCCGGGCGAGACACAAAGAUGAUUGUGUAUUCAGGUUUCAAUCGGUUUGUUCCCGUUUAUCUCUUUAAGUAAUUCGUCAUUUGAAGAAAACGGUGAUCGGAGGUGAUAGCGAACUGUUAGACAAUAUUUCUACGUGUAUAUUUUUAUGAAUUCAAUCCAGAAUCCAUCACAUCUCGAACAGACGGCGCGGCGGUGGGCAGUGGCGGCCAUUAACACCUCGUGACAUCCGUCGGCGGCGGCGGCGGUUCGCGAAUCGGACGCGGGCAGGGGUCAAGAGGCGGCGGCGGCGGCGACCGCCAUAGAGCGUCGCGGCCUCCUGUGCCGCGCCUCGCCUCUCCACAGCCUCCUUGGAAGCCUUCGCCAUGAUGACCGCCUGCGCCCCGCUGCUGGCGAUCCUCGCCCUGGCCGCAGGCGUGGCGUGGGCGGCGCCGCGCGCGUCCACGGCCGAGUACCUGCUGCUUCCGGGCCACGGCCGCUACAAGAUCAACGCCAACUACAAGACGUGGGAGGCGGCCAAGCGCACGUGCGAGGCCGAAGACGCGCAUCUGGCCGUGCUCGACUCGGAGGAGGAGAUGGACGCCGUCAUCAACAUGCUGGUGCGCUGCGGCAUCGAGUACACGCGCUUCGACUUCUGGACGGGCUACUACCGCCAGGACGAGACCGGGCAGUGGACCACCGUCAUAGGGUGGCCGGUGGGCGGCACGGGCACGGGCUACACCGGCUGGAUGUCGGGCUACCCGAACGGCGUGCGCGACGCGGCCUGCUCGCGCUUGCUGCUCACCAUCAACGCGCGCGGCCUCAUCAACGGCGACUGCACCAACGUCGGGCCCUUCAUCUGCGAGAAGCACCAGUAGCACCAGUAGCACACGCACACGCACACUGCGCUUCUGUAACCAAACUCGUCCCUUCGUUGUAUCGCAAUUAGCUGCUCCGUCUACUAGUGCGAGGAGUUUCUGUGUAACCAAAAUGCGCGGACAUUUUUGUCCGGAAAAUAGGGGUUUACCAACGUUGUCUUCUCAUCGUAUUCUACAUGAUAAUUAAACAGAUUUAUAAUCACGUUCCUUUUGAAAACAUUUACUAUAUCGGACAAUAGUUUGAGUAUAAAUAGAGACCACCAGAAACAUUAGAAGAAAUUAUUUGAAUGUUUCCAAAACUGUCCGGGUAGUUCACACAUUUGGGUUUAUUGAAAAUAUAAUUAACAAUUUAUAUUUUCAAUAGACAGCUUCUGUAUCCGCGUUUGGAGAACGUUAUUUGUCAACAUUCUCGAUUUUCUGAAAGGUUUCUGAUUAACUGCUACCUGUCUAUUAUAGAAAACAUGUUUUACACAGUAAUUAACUUUUAUGAUUUUCGUAAUAUUUCAUGCUCUCGUUACUUUUUGGAAAGAGAAAUAUUAAAUUUAGCUCAAAUCAUCACCUCGUUAAUCCACCUUUUUGUUGCUUCAUUUGAUUACUGCUAUUUCGAUAGAAUUGUACCUAUUCCGAAAUGAUUUUAAAAGAUCUGAGCGUAGCUGAUAUUAGCUCACAAAGCGCUGAAAAUUAUUUAGUGCAAUGAAGGCAAUGAAGUCAACAUUUCAUCAGCAAAAAAUCAGAAUAAUAAGCGGCCUGAUUAUUAAUAGGCCAAAGUACUGGAUGUGGGUUACGUAGAAUCUAGAGUAUUCCAACAAUACCUAAGAAAGCAUUUUUUUCAUUAUUUAGAAGAGCAGCUUGUAUUUCCAGUACUUGUGCUGAAAUUCUGGGAUACUUUUUAAAAUCUGAGAAUCGAGACCAGGACAAAACGUUAUUCUAUUACCAAAACCGUAUUUAAUUCGUAAAAGAAAUGGAUAUUGAAAUAAUAUUUGUAAAUAAAAUCAAAAUAAAUAAUUAUAUUAAUUGUAUUGGUUACAGAAAAAACUUCCUUAUCUCUCCUGUCAAUAUUUCUUACAUUUUCCAAAACAAAGCUUGUCUACGUUACUGGCUCUUAACAAAUUACUCAUGAGAAUCCCAACUUCCAUAGGGUUCACUACACUAAUUUAAUACACUCGAAUUACAGACACUUAUCAUCUUAUAUAAAUAGAAAAAUGCAAUCACAAUAUAAACGCCGAAUGUCGAAGUCAGAAACCAAAAUCGCAUAGGCUUUAUAAACAGUCGUUUUGUAGUUCCUACUGGCGUUAACCUUUCUGUACUUUUAACAAACCUAGAUUUGAACACUAUUCACUGUUUGUAAAAGAUUUAUUUUUUGUAAAUGGUUUUAUUAUCAUAAUUUGCCUUCCCUUUUAAGUACGGUCAUCCCUGAUCCAAUGUUUUUUUAUCAUGUGAUUAUUUUCCUGAUCACCUGAAAUACAUAAUAAUAAAUUCAGAUAAUAAUUUUAGAUAUUUUAUAAAUAAAUAUUACUUUUUAAAUAUAUUUUUGUGGGAGUCAACUACACAUUGAAAUUGGAUAUUUAUAAAUAUUUAUAAAAUAUUUUUUGUGAACAAUGUUUGCAAAAGCACUAUAAAUUUGAUGAUUUUCUUAAAACAUUAUUUUCACUAAAUAAUUGAUGUAUAUUAAAAUGAUUAUUAUAAAUAUUUAUAAAAUAACUAUUUUCUUUAAAAUGUUGACAACAGCAAUAAUUAAUCUGUAGUAUAUUAAGUCAUCCUGCAAUAUUGUAUUUACUAACAUUUUAACGUAAAAAUAUGUUAAACAUUGUGUUUUAAAGCAAGAUGAACUUCUUGUUUCAUUUGAUAUCAUAAAUAGUAGAAAUUGCUAUGAAAUUUUUAAUGUCCACUUCAAAAUUGAAAGUGACUGCUUUAAUUGUUAAUUUCUCGUUCCUCAAUUAAAAAAAUCCUUUUGAAAAUAAAUCCCAUUUUCUUCAAUUUAGUCCUUAGUGACCUGAAUGAGCAGACAAAGGGAAUAUUCCAUUUGCAUUAAACUAAUAUGCAAUAAUAUACGAGUACACUAAUAUGGAAAGAAAAAGGAGAUAUUGGGUUUACACGCGGUAAUCUCUGAAAAUAAUCAGACAAAUAUUGGUGAAACUGCUGUUAGCUUCACUUCAUGGUCUUGGCGUAAAUAUUAAUAUAGUUACAUUAGUUAUUUAUGCACCAAGGGGGUUUUAAGGGUUCUAAUGAUCGAGCGGCGACAAAAUGCCCGAGGACUGUUAGUCGCCCGAAAUCUUUAGACAAUCAGUAACGUCCGUAGUACAUACAUAAUUUUAUUUUAUAUAGUUUUAUUGAUUCAGAUUUACUAAGUAACUAUAUGUUAACUUGACACGUUUCUUUUUUCAUAUUUCUCUCCCAUAAUUCCCUCCAUAAGCGAACAUGUAGCGUCAUUCCACUGUUUUCAUAUUUCUCUCGUAACCACGAUUCUUUCGAUCCAGGUAAGUUAUGUAGUAUAUAUCGAGCUUCGUAGCGAAAACAAUAACAAGGUUUUUAUAACGU